AGGAAUCGGGAGGGCUACACGUGAGCGGGGCCCGUCCAUCGACAGAAGCAGCCGUCGCCCGUCACCGUCAGAUCCAAGGAGAGUAUCGCAAACGCCCGAUCCGAAGAAUAGCAGGUGGAGACGAGAGAAGGGUCGGCGGCCGCAGUAGCGAGCGAAUCCCGCGCAUCGGUUCCUCGGUGGCCAUUGUUGCCUCUUGGGGGGGAGGAGCGGCCGCGCCGAGAUCAGGGGACGGCGGGGGACGGAGGAACCGAGACGCGAUGGAUCUGCUCCCCGCGGAGGGUCCCUCGUCGAUGGGGGCCCGGCGGCAGGGGUUCCGCUCGCUGAAGCUGGCCACCGUCGCCAUGGACGAGCCCCUCGCCGAGAAGCCCGUCGGCGUCGACUACGGCGUCCUCGACAACGGCCUUACCUACUAUGUCCGCUGCAACCCCAAGCCCCGAAUGCGCGCCGCCCUCGCCCUUGCCGUCAAGGUCGGCUCAGUUCUUGAAGAUGAGGACGAGCGUGGUGUCGCUCACAUAGUUGAACACCUUGCUUUCAGUGCGACCAAGAAAUAUAAUAAUCAUGAUAUCGUUAAGUUUCUAGAAAGCAUUGGGGCUGAAUUUGGUGCUUGCCAGAAUGCUUUGACAUCUUCAGAUGAAACCAUAUAUGAAUUGCUUGUUCCAGUGGAUAAACCAGACCUUCUAUCACAGGCAAUAUCAGUUUUGGCAGAAUUCAGUUCUGAGGUUCGGGUUUCUUCAGAGGACCUAGAAAAAGAGCGUGGUGCUGUUCUGGAGGAAUACAGAGGAGGGCGUAAUGCUGCAGGCAGGAUGCAGGACGCACAUUGGGUGUUAAUGUUUCAAGGUUCAAAGUAUGCAGAACGUCUCCCGAUUGGCUUGGAAAAAGUGAUUCGAACAGUUACUCCUGAAACUGUUAAGCAAUUUUAUCAGAAAUGGUACCAUUUAGGCAAUAUGGCUGUUGUUGCUGUGGGGGAUUUCGCUGAUUCACAGAGUGUUGUUGAGUUGAUAAAGAGUCACUUUGGGCAAAAAAAUUCCAACUGCAUUCCUCCACCAGUCAUACCAGAUUUUCCUGUGCCAUCACAUAAAGAACCUCGGUACUCCUGCUUUGUUGAGUCUGAAGCUGCUGGAUCUGCGGUAAUGGUCAGCUGCAAGAUACCAGUGGAUGAGAUGAGAACUGUGAAGGAUUACAGGGAUUCACUUGCAGAGGCGAUGUUCCAUUGCGCGUUAAACCAGAGGUUUUUUAAAAUAUCCCGCAGGACGGAUCCACCAUACUUCUCUUGCUCCUCAGCUGCAGAUGCUCUUGUCCGUCCUGUGAAGGCUUACAUCAUGACCUCCAGCUGCAGAGAAAGGGGGACAAUUGAGGCUCUUGAGGCAAUGCUAACUGAGGUUGCUAGGGUUCGUCUUCAUGGUUUUUCUGAGCGUGAAAUAUCCAUUGUACGUGCUUUGAUGAUGUCUGAAAUUGAAUCUGCAUAUUUAGAGAGGGAACAAAUGCAAUCAACAAGUCUGCGAGAUGAGUAUUUGCAACAUUUUUUUCGCAAGGAGCCAGUUGUUGGUGUUGAAUAUGAAGCACAACUACAGAAAACUCUUCUGCCACACAUCUCUCCAGCUGAGGUAUCAAAGUUUGCUGCAAACUUUUGUACAACAUGCAGCUGUGUCAUAAAAAUAGUUGAACCUCGAGCUGGUGCUACAUUGGAUGAUCUGAGAGCUGCUGUAUUUAAAAUUAGCACUCUGGAGGAGGAAAGAAGAAUUUCCCCAUGGGAUGAUGAACAUGUUCCUGAAGAAAUUGUUACUGACAAGCCCAUUCCAGGGAGCAUCAUAAAUCAGAUAGAUUUCUCACCUAUUGGUGUCACUGAGUUACUUCUAUCUAAUGGAAUGAAGGUCUGCUAUAAGUGUACUGAUUUUCUUGAUGAUCAGGUAAUUUUUACUGGUUUUGCAUAUGGUGGUUUGUCUGAAUUGCCAGAAGCUGAGUAUAUAUCUUGUUCAAUGGGAUCAACCAUUUCUGGAGAAAUUGGAAUUUUUGGAUAUAAACCUUCUAUGCUAAUGGAUAUGCUUGCUGGUAAGAGAGCUGAAGUCAGUACAAAAGUUGGAGCUUAUAUGAGAACCUUUUCUGGCGAUUGCUCACCUACUGAUCUGGAAACUGCCUUGCAGCUUGUUUAUCAGCUGUUCACUAGAAAUGUUGCACCAGGGCAUGAAGAAGUCAAAAUAGUGAUGCAAAUGGCAGAAGAAGCAAUUCGAGCACAAGAAAGGGAUCCCUACACUGCAUUUACCAAUCGUGUGAGAGAAAUCAACUACGGGAACUCAUACUUUUUCCGGCCAAUCCGAAUUAGUGAACUGAAAAAAGUGAAUCCCAUAAGAGCAUGUGAAUAUUUCAACAACUGCUUUAAGGAUCCAUCUAGCUUUACUGUUGUCAUUGUUGGAAAUAUUGAUCCAGCUUCAUCGCUUCCUUUAGUGCUGCAGUAUUUGGGUGGAAUACCAAGGCCUUCUGAGCCAGUUUUACAACUCAACCGUGAUGACCUAAAAGGCCUGCCAUUCAAAUUUCCUGCCAGCAUUGUCAGAGAGAUAGUCCGCAGUCCUAUGGUGGAAGCUCAGUGCUCUGUCCAGCUGGCCUUUCCAGUGGUUUUAAAAAGUACAUCAAUGAUGGAAGAGAUUCACUAUGUUGGAUUCCUGAGUAAACUUCUGGAGACAAGGAUUAUGCAAGUUCUUCGGUUCAAACAUGGGCAGAUAUACUCUGUGAGUGUUUCCGUUUUUUUGGGUGGUAAUAAACCUUCAAGAACUGGAGAUGUCCGAGGUGAUAUUAGUGUAUAUUUUUCGUGUGAUCCAGACAUCUCAUCCAGGCUUGUUGACCUUGCAUUAGAGGAGAUUUUAUAUCUACAAGAUCAUGGCCCAUCGGACCAAGAUGUAUCAACUGUCUUAGAAAUUGAACAGAGAGCCCACGAAAAUGGAUUGCAGGAAAACUAUUACUGGCUAGAUCGAAUUCUGCGCAGCUACCAAUCAAGAGCUUAUUUUGGAGAUGUCAGUGACUCAUUUAAGAUUCAAGAUGAAGGACGGACUAAAGUUAGGAAAGACUUAACUCCAUUGACCAUGCAAUUGGCAUUACAAAGAAUCUUGCCUUUUCCAUGUAAAAAGCAAUAUACAGUUGUUAUUCUUAUGCCACAGAUAUCUCAUCUGAGCUUCUUGAAGUCAUUAAUUCUAUUAAGCUCCGACGGGUUUACAAGAAAUGUAAAGAUUUUGGUUGGUGCAGCAGGUGCAAUGGUUUUAGCAGUAAGUUUGUGGAGAUAUUCACGUAGUGCAUUGAACUCAUAAAAGACUCUACUUGGAGAUCUGCGGAUGAUCGCUGGCCAUAAUGAUGAGAACCGAAUCCUUGUUUGGAGUGUUUAGAAGACUGUUAGCAUUCAAAGGACUUAGAAGUUGGUGAUUUGUGGAUCCAACCAAACUGGAUCCUGAAUCACUCGAUACUGAGGCGGCACGGCCCUCAACUCACUCUUGCUCAAGGUUCUGUCUCUUCAUUACUUCUUGUGGAUGCAGUUACAUCCUGUAUAAGCAUAUCAUAAUUUGUUGUUUCAAUUUUGAUAAAGCAUUGAGGACUAGGCAGACGACGAUAUCUGGCUCAUUCAGAUUCAUACUAUUUCGAUAACCCAUAGUGUUGAAGAAAUACAUAAUCGUGUAUACUCGUUUUUAGACCUUUUUCUGACUAGAGAAUGGAAUAAGAAAAUUAGCUGCUUGACAUGUA